AAUCACAUUUGGCAGUGUCUAGAACCCUCCCACUUAGCCCAAGAUGCCACCAAAGAAGAAAAACACCAAACCAAAGAAGAAAGCCAAGAAGAAAGCAGCCAAGGAUGCAGCCAAGGGGCAAACAAGUUCCUUGCCAUACGUCAGCGAGAGGGAGAUAUACCUGCAGAAGGAAUUUGAAACCUUGACAGAGCACAUCAAAACAUACACUCAGCGUGUGAGGAAUUUUCAGUGGGAAAACGAGUUCCUGGACAAGGAAGCCCAAAAGAUCAAAGAUAUCAACAAAGUCUACAUCUCCUACAUAAACAGACGCACCCUCCGCAACCAGAACGCCAUCAUUUCUCUGAAUGACCAGAAUCUCUCAGAAUUAAUCCAGAUCCGGAAGGAGAGGGCAAAGCUGACCACUGAGUACCAGGAAAAGGAGAGAGAGGUGAGGCACCAGCUGAUUGAGAUGGAGACAAAGAUCUCCCUCGUGAACAGGGAAAUUGAAGCCCUGCAGCCUUACCAGGAGCUACAGCAGCAGCAGCUGGCGCGGAUCCGGGACCUGGAGAAGGAGCUGCUGGUCAUGAAAGUGCUGCACGCAGAGCAAAUGCACAAGCUCAAGAGUGAGUAUGUACAGCAGGUGACAGACUAUGAGAUGCAAGCUCAGCUGAAGAUCCAGGCUCUGGCUAGGCUGGCUGAAAAGGAAGCAGUACGCAGCCUCAUCCGGCACACGAAGCAGGUGAAAGCGGACAACUGGCGCCUGCGUCAUGAGCUGGUGGAUCUCAUCAGAGAGGCCAAAGUGCUGAAAUCCAUUGUGUUUCACCUGAAAGCGCAGCAGCAGCUGCUCCUGCGAGAGCACCAGUACAGGCAAGACCUUGCACGCUUGCGCAGAUGGCUUAGGCAUCGAGGGGCUCGGCUGGUCAUCCCCAGUGGCACCAGCUUCAGAUGUACCACACCGAUUAGGAGCAGAGUCAUUGCCACGCAGGAAAGCAGCUCCAGGUUUCUCACAGCUGGGGAACAGGUCCCAAGGUUGCAGCCAGAUGCCCAAGAGAGCUCGUCAUCACUUAGGAUUCCCAGUGCCUCACUCCCUACAAAGUACCAAUGA